AGCUAGAUGUUUCCACCUCAAGUGUGGGUGAUGCCGGGGUCAUGCUGCCGACCGGCCCGGGAAUGCCCGGGGGGCUCGGGCAGAUGCCGGGGCAGAUGCCCGGGCAGAUGCCCCCGCCAAUGCUCCCACCCAUGGCUGGGCAGAUGCCCGGACAGAUGGGACAGAUGGGACAGAUGGGACAGAUGCCUCCCAGGGCUCCCAUGCAGUUUCCGAUGGGCUUCGGGCAAGUGCCGAUGGGACACAUGGUCCCACAGCUAGGAGCUCUACCUCAACGUCCGAUGACUGGGAUGGUAGGAGCACCAAUGUCAAUGCCUCUGGGGCCAACAGGGCCAACGGGGCCCAUGCCAGGCCUCACGAUGACAGGCCCUGGCACCGCACCGCCGCUGCCCACCGGUCCUCCACAAGCGUUAGACACUGCUCCAACCACUGGAGGACCACCUCCAGCACCGACUGCGCCUCCAGCGCCAGCCAGUGCGCCCGAAGGGGCUGCGACGGCGGCGGCGCAGUCCGCACAGCAGAUGCAGUACAUGCAGCAGUAUCAGUUUUACCAACAGCUCCAGAAACAGGAGCAGGCGCCGGCACCACCUCAAGUAGCCCCGCAGGCAGCCACGCAAGCACCACCGCCACCACCUGAAGCAGCGGCCGCAGGGAACUCCCCAGCCACAGAUCCCACAGUUGCAGCUGUUGCAGUGGCCUUAGGCUUGGAUCCUGCAGUCCUAGGUGGUGUAGUAGAAGCUUUAGGUGCAGCAGCUCAAAAUCAACCAGCCGCAGCAGCAGAUACUGCAGCUCCAGCUGCUACAGGAGGACCACCUCCACCACCGACAGCGCCUCCAGCCCAAGCCGAUGCCCCUGAAGGGGACGGGGCUGCGGCGGUGGCCGCGGCUGCGCAGUCGGCACAGCAGAUGCAGUACAUGCAACAGUAUCAGUUUUACCAACAGCUCCAGAAACAGGAGCAGGAAAAGAGAGCGAAAACACAAUCAGCGCAGCCGUUACGCUUCAAAGAAGGCUUUCGCCCCAUGCGAUUGUGCAAACCCUUGCUGACGGUGGGCUUUUGCCGACAGGGCCAGGAUUGCACCUUUGCGCAUACCUACGAGGAGCUCCACCCCGCCUCCCCUGAUGUGCCGGACAACUUGGUGAAUGAGGACGGUGCGGCAGCUGAACAGGGAGACAUUCCUGAGAACCAAAUACCCGACAUGAGACUCAAGAAGAAGAAGGAGAUGUGUGGACGCUUUUCACGAGGUGAAUGCUCGCUGGGGAAGAUUUGCCCCUUUGCGCAUACCGAGAGCGAGUUGGGAACCAUUGGCCUCUCGGUCUGUGGCAAAGUGAAGACCAGGCUUUGUGUCUUCUGGGAUCCUGUGACCAAAACGGCGAAGGGAUGCAUUUAUGGAAAGAAUUGCAACAAUGCCCACGGCGAGCGGGAGAUCGGCACCAAGCGCCCGCCCCCGGAGCUGUGCCCGCCCAUGAAGCGGCGGCGGGAUGGCGAAUCGGUGAUCCGGGGCCGCGACUAGGGUG